GAAAGCUCCGGCAUCCGUAACUUUCCAGCAAACUUCCAACAAUCAUUUCGCUCGUCCAUGUUUAUCCCGCGCGCCGCCCUAGACGUCCGAUAUUGCUGAUGUCCGGCCGUCGCGAGAUGCUCGGCCCGUGAUCCGGAUGUCCGUCCGUUACGUCAAGAAGCCACGUGAAAUGGAUGGCAGCGCCCCAGCCUCUGCUUCUGGGCAGUCCGCCAAUAAUGUAGACGCUGCUGGGAUGGCAGCGAAUCCGGCCAGUGGGCCACCCACUCGCGUCGAUAAGGCGUGCGUACGAUGCAGACGCAAAAAGAUGAGUUGCAGACCGAGUUCUGAAGAAUCGAAUCGUUGCCAACGAUGUGUGAGAUCAAAUGAAGAGUGUGUCUUUCCAGAAACCACGGAGAGGCCGAAGAAGCGACGCCUACUCAAUAGUCGCGUGGGAGCUUUGGAGCAGAACAUGGAAGGCAUCAUGACUUUGCUAGCGAACGCCCAAGCCGCGAAUGCGAAACAUGAUGGAGAUGAACCGGCUCCAAGUAGGCAGAUCCAUGGCUCUGCUAAUCCACCACUGCCCCCUGUUCGAGAUCAUCCGUAUCCGGCCCCUACCACUCCCUCAUGUAGGCCCGACAUGAUCGACAAGCUUCUUCUCUCGGAGCAGGCGGCUCUGAAAUUGCUUGACAAGUACAAAGAUAUGUCGGUGCGAUUCCCGUACGUCCUGCUACCCCCUAAUGUAACACUCGCCGAGCUUCGAGAAACGAGUCCUCUGUUAUUACGAUCAAUGUUUGUUGCUGCUACGUGCUCGACAUCACCAUCCCAAGAUCCUCUGGAGCGAGAGUACUUGUACACACUUACUGUUCAUGCAGUCGUGGACGGACAAAAGAGCUUCGAUGCUCUUCAGAGUUUGAUGGUCUAUUUGUCGUGGUGUCAUUGGCAUGUAAAGCCUGACCGUCAAAGUCUGUACCGAUUAGCAUCGAUAGCGGUAGGAAUGUGUCUUGACCUUGGUCUGAACCGGAAACCUCAAGUCACGGAGGCGCAGGAGAUGAAUGUCGAGACUCAUUGGGCGAAGCAGCCGGCUCUCGCACCCCAAAAUAAUGAACUUUGGUCUCCUGAAGCUCGACGGAUUGUGUUGGGAUUGUACAAUCUGACAGCAACGUGGGCUGUGCUACGAAGAAAAGCCCCUCUCAUGAAUUAUUCAGCAUACUACAGUACGUGUGCUCAGUCGUUAGCCGACGAAAAACAUGCUCGUACCGACCCAGAGAUCGUCAUGCGCCUCGAGAUUGUAAGGAUGUUGUCAACUGUCGCAGAGGAAUACGGCUACUAUGACCAGUACCAGAGUCCUAUCCUAAGCGAUGAGAACUUGGAGCUAUACACUGCCUCACUGAUGACUCGGCUAGACCAGUGGAAAAGUUUUCUACCUCCAGAUCCCAAAACUGGCGUCCCAAAACUCACUUUCGAGUACUACCUCUUCCAGGCUUACGCUCGGGAGAUAGCCGUUCACUUUCCGUCAAAACUUCACGAGCUCUCCAUCAAUCGCGCCCGGAUGCUUUCAGAAUGCCUAAAGUAUUGUGGCGAAAGUCUAGAUCACAUCCUGGCAACACCGCCCUCAGCAUUGGUAGACUUCACCACUACCCAGUGGUGCGGUGCCAUAUACGUCAUUAUCCUAGCCAGCAAAGUGGCAACUUGUCACCAUUCACCCUCAUAUAACAUUGGCACCACCAGAAACAUCAUCAGACUCGAGCGCUAUCUGGAUCUGAUAACCACCAAACUCGAAGAGGUUAACAAAGUCAGCACUCCCACCGGCGCACAUGUAUUCUGGUGGCAGCAUUUAUUACGCAUCAUGGACUCCAUCAAAGCACAAUACCUCCACGCUGUAGCACAACACGAAGAGGCAAUGUCUGCUGUACAAAGACAACAACAGCAGCAGCAGCAGCAACAACAACAUAAUCAUCAGCACCAUCAGCAGCAGCAGCUUGACCAUGCCCAACGACACACAUAUGACCGCAUGCCGUAUAACCCGGUCCAGGCAGUCCAAAAUCAUCCGCCUCACCCAGAAGAUGAUCCGCGGAUGCAGCAUAUGUCAGCAUUGCAAUACAGCAUUCCCACAACGACUGCACCCGUGUUUCAAACCCUUGGAAACUACACAUACAGCACCCAAGGGGGCAUUUCUGGCGGCUGGGUGCCACCGGCAGGAGCGAACGAGUAUAUUUCCUGGGAAAUGGGGAACUCAUUUUUGGGCGCGCUCUGACGUGCUUUAGAAGCUCGUCUUGAUGACUUUGUAGGAUCUCUUCUCUUUUCUUAUCAUUACUUUGCAUCCCUCCUUGGAAAGAAGGAGAGUUGGCGAUUUUUUUCGGGCUUCAGUGGCUGGUUCAUGAAGCGUUUCGGUGGCAGGGUGUCUGGAGCAUCUAGAUGAGUAUGUAACAGUUCGGUUCCAUAGUAGGGUAUCUGAAUAGAAUGAAUAAGAUCAGGCGUAGGUAUGGAGUCGAGUGGCUUGGUAUGCCAUCGACUACUAUGUACACACUAUAUCAUAUCGAAUUUGGGCU